AAAAAAAAAAAAAAAAAAGGUCCACCCACCACGAUCUUUUCCUUUCAGAAAAUCCGUUUUGACAUGUACAUAUAAAAAGACAAAGCAUGAACGAUUUGAAUCGUAUUUCUUUCCUUUCUUAUUCCCGUUUUAUCUUUUCUAACAAAACCCUUUUCCUUUCUCUGACUUACUUACUGUACAUUGUUAUACAAAGCAUUCAAAUGACUGUUCUCAUCAGACAAAUACGAGCAUUCUUAUCAGAGAAUACAUCCUUACUGUCACCUACUACUUCCUCAUCUUCAACGGCUAACACUGCUUCUAGAAAAUCGAGCCGUGCAAAUAACCACAGUAAACGUAAAAGAAAGCCCUCACUUACUGUCACUAUAAGCAAAGAGCCACCAAAGAUUGUCUAUUUUGAAAAGGAUAUAUUAGAAGAGCAAUUUGUUGAGUAUAUAUUUGAUCCGCAGGUGCAUCAUGACGAGGAGAAGGAUCAUCCAGAUCUGUACCUUUACGAUAGAAGAAAGAAAGACUUGUUGAAGCCUUGGCAAAAAGCUCCUUAUUGCAGCACGAAUUCAGCAAGCAAAAAAGCUAGCCUAUUUCUACACAAACUCAAGUUCGUAAAGCCAGCAACGACAGUAACCGCAAGUUCUUGAAAGCUAUUAUAACAGCCCCAUCGUCUUACAAUAGUCCAUUAUAAUUAUUAUAAUUCUACCUCACUCGUCCUCACUUUCUCUGUAUAUCAUUAUCUUAUUUAAAUCAUACCACCCUUCUUAUUUAUGCAUGAAAAUUAUCACAUCAUAUAAUUUUAUUUUAUUUUAUUUUUUUAUUUUUUUCCUUGGCAGGCACAAAAUCAACAAUUUUUCCUUUUUUAUCAACAAGCAUGCAUAUCCUCAUAGUCAUAUAGAUAUAUAUAUAUAUCCUCUUUCUUUCCCUGUAAAUAGAAAACCUUUUCUGUAAUAAACCAAAGCCUUAUAAUUGCAAUGAAAAACUCUUUAAAUGAUCAACUUACUUGUCUCUACAUAGAGAUAUCAUGAUACCGGAAUGGGAGCGAUCUGUUUCUAAUUUCCCAUCACAUGAAGAGCAUUCAUGUGUAACUUGAUUGGCUACAAACCAGAACUUUUUUUUUUUUUUU